AUGAUGAUAAUGAAACGCCAAGAUAAACAUUGCAAGAAAAAAAUGAGCACUGCCAAAGUCGCCCAGAGACCGAUCAGCAAGCCGGUCCCAAUACAGCUGGUGGAUAAGAAAACUAAAACCAACGACAAAGUGGUUGUACCCAAGCCGAUAGCGAAUCGAUUAACUGCCGUGGACAAAUCGAAAAAGAUUGAUUCGGAAACAAUCAAAGUUGAUCUUGAUCAGGCCAGUCAGCGUAGACAGUCUAUACAAGCCGACCGCACAGAGAAAGUGCGUAAACAUUUGGAACGCGUGGAAAAAGUGGCUAAUUUGAAGCGCAAUCAAAAGCCUGUCAAAGAGGAAUCAGAGGAGGACACGGGAGCGGACAAAUCAUGA